AUGAUUAAUGAUGCAGGAGGAGCUGGAUUCAAAUCGAAAACACAAUAUAAAUCUGGAUUAUUUACAUUAAGGAUAAAGAUGUCAGAUAAAAAGACCGAUGGAAUGAUCACAGCUUUCUACUUAAUUUCAGAUGAUCAAGAUGCACGGGUUAAUCACGAUGAACUAGACUUUGAAUUUAUAGGGACUCAAGGAAAAUUACAGACAAAUAUAUUUGCUAAUGAUAUGGGUGGUAGAGAACAAGUUUUUCAACUUCCAUUUGAUCCUUCUGAGGAUUUUCAUACUUAUCAAAUUCUUUAUACUCCACAAAGAAUAGUGUUUUUUGUGGACAACAUACCAAUAAGGACAUUUGAGAACAACACAAAUAGAGGUAUCAACUUUCCAAUAAAAUCACUAUGGUCAGAAGCAAGCCUAUGGAUUUCAGAUGCUGUGGGUUGGGCUGGAUCUGUUGAAUGGGGCUAUGCACCAUUUGUAGUUAGUUUUCAAGACUUCAACAUUUCUGGUUGCCCUGCUGGGAGUAAUUGCUUGCCAUCCAAUGAUUUUAGCCCAUGGACUAGGCACAAAUUAGCCUCAAAAAACUUGAAUCUUAUGAGGAAUUUCAGAAAAAAAUAUAUGACUUAUGAUUAUUGUAGGUCUGAGGAAAAUAAAAUUAGGUACCCAGAAUGUGCUUAA